AAUUUGCAUAUCUACUAUUGAUUAGAUAGUUAUCCUAAAACCUUUUAUAAAACGUAUUUUGCAUGAAAAGUUCAUAGUUGUUGAUUAAAAAAUUUAGAAGGAAAGUCCAAAAAUGAAGGUUUAUGUUUUAAUAUUAUUUUUGGUUACAUUGGUUGCGUUCGGGGUACAAGGAUUGAUAGGAGGCACCCUAAUUUAUCCACACAGUUUGCCUUAUAUGGUUUUCCUAAACGUUUCUGGAUCAACAAAUACAACUAGAUGUUCGGGAGCCCUUAUUUCCAAAGAUUAUAUCUUAACAGCAGCUAGAUGUCUUAAAAAUUCAACCGCUGUACGGGUAGUACUUGGUGCAGAUGAUAUAAGUGUAAACGAAGAAAUGCAAGUUUCUUUUGAUACUACCCAAUCUAAUUUUAUAAUACAUGAAAAUUUUGUCGACGAAACCCUAGAAAAUGAUAUUGGAUUAAUAAAGCUACCAAGUUCAGUUGAAAGUAAUGAGUAUAUACAAGUAAUUCCCAUGGCUACUGAGGAUCAAGAAGAGGCACAAUUAGGUGAACUGGUUGUCGUAUCCGGUUGGGGUCUCACAUACUAUGGUUACCCAGAAUCUAUGGCAACUGUACCAAUGGCCGAAUGGUUAGUGGUAUUAAACAAUACAAACAAAGAAUGUCAACGCUUUGGAACCUUAGUUAAAGAUACGAACAUCUGCUGCAGUACGACCAACUCUUGGGAUGGCCCAUUGCAAUUGUGUGAUGGAGAUUGGGGUGAUCCAUUGGUAAAUGAUGGUAAAAAUAAAACACUGUAUGGUAUUGCCAGUUUUACAGCAUAUGAAAGUUGUGUAAUGGGAAAACCUAAUGUAUUUACAAAUGUGGCCAAAUACAGUGAAUGGAUAAGUUCUAAUGCAAAUAUAUGAAAAUAUUAUUUUAUAUAAUCUGAUUUUGAUUUUUGUUAAAAAUAAUUAAUUUUAUUUAAAUAAAGUCUUACUCUGUU